AUGUCAGAAGAGAAGCAAAAAUCUAAUACUUCUAGAGCAAUUGGAAUUGACUUGGGGACAACAUUUUCCUGUGUUGCUGGAUACAUAAGCGGGAAGGUGGAGGUUAUUACGAAUGCUGAUGGAGAGAGGACGACACCAUCUGUAGUAAGUUUUGAUGAGAACAACUGUACUGUUGUUGGUACGGCGGCAAAGAAUAUGGUUGGGCUUGACCCUACGUCUGUGUUGUUUGAUGCAAAGAGGUUGAUUGGAAGAGAGUUUGAUGAUCCAAGAAUCCAGAAUUCCAUGAGCGGAUGGCCAUUCAAGAUUGUGAGGUACAACCACCGGGAGAAGAGAGAGGAGACGAGCAAGGUUCCUGAGGGGUCUAAUUCCUAUGACAACAUAGCAUACAAGGUCACGAAGGAUGGUAAGGUUAAAUAUUAUGCACCAGUUGAGGUCAGUGGGAAGGUAUUACUGUAUCUUAAGAGUGCAGCAGAAGCAAGGCUUGGAGGAACUGUUGACUCUGCAGUUGUGACUGUGCCUGCAUACUUUGAAGAGCCUCAGAAGGAUGUGACCAAAGCAGCAGCAACCAUUGCUGGAUUUGAUCCCAACAAGGUCAGACUUCUUGCAGAGCCUACUGCAGCAGCAAUGGCAUAUGGUCAUAUUCAAACACAGAAGAAUGCCAACUUCUCUGCAAAGGAGGAUGUUCUUGUGUUUGAUCUUGGAGGAGGUACAUUCGAUGUGUCUGUGCUUGACUUUGAGUUUAACGGAGCAGCAGGGUCUCUUGGGAUUGUUAAAGCCAUUGAUGGGGAUACAUUCCUUGGGGGUCAAGACUUUGAUAACCUCUUGAUAAAUCACUGUAUCUCCGAGUUCCUCAAGAAGAACCCUUCUAUUAAGAAGAGUGACUUGAAGGAAAGUGCACUUCUUAGACUUAGAGCUGAAUGUACAAGGGUUAAGGCCGUUCUCAGCUCAGCGACAAGUAGUGCUAUUUAUGUGCCAUGCUUCCACAUGACUGAAGACCUGAAUGUUCAGAUCACUCGUGCCAGAUUCGAACUUCUUUGUGAUCACCUCUUUAAGAAAUGUAUGGAAAGAACCAAGGGGUGUCUGCUGCGCUCUGCAGGUGUUCCUGAAGUCGAAUACUCUGCUGAUGGAAGUAAACUCCUUUUGAAUCCCUCUCUUGAGAAGACUUUGAAUGAGGUUCGAAAUUCUAUCAGCAAGGUUCUUCUUGUCGGAGGGUCUUCAAGGAUUCCAAAGGUUAAAGCCAUGCUUGCAGAGUACUUUGGAGCUCACAAGGUUGUUGAGCCUGUGAAUGCUGAUGAGGCUGUUGCAUAUGGAGCAGCAUAUCAGGCAGCAUCUAUAUAUUCUGAUGCUGUGGAUGCUGGAUCAAGCCUUCUUCUUAUUGAUUGUGUUCCACUGAAUCUUUCGAUUGAGACUGCUGGUGGGGUCGCAACUCCUUUGGUGAACUGUGGUGACAACAUCCCUAUUAAGAAGACAGAGACAUUUACGACCUAUGAAGACAACCAGACAGCUGUGACAAUUAAUGUAUACGAGGGAAAUAGGCCUAUGUGUAAGGACAACAAGAAGAUAGGUAGCUUCAAUCUGGAUGGAAUUAUUCCGGCACCUCGUGGAGUUCCUAAGAUUGAAGUAACAUUUGAUGUUGAUCAUAAUGGGAUUCUUAUAGUUACUGCGCAAGAUAAGCAGACCGGAAAGGAAAACAAAAUAACAGUGACAAACUCACAGAACAGACUCAGCCAGGAGGAAAUUGAAAGAAUGGCUAAAGAAGCAAGAGACAACGAGCAAAGAGAUAAUGAGACAAAGGAGAAGAUGACUAAGAGAAUGUCUUUUGACCAGGCCAUUUUCUCUUUCAAGAGCCUUCUUGAAAAAUCAAACAUUUCCCAAGAGAAGAAGGACGAAGCUCAAAAAAUCAUCAAGGAGAAUGAGGAAUGGCUUUUAAGAGCACAAGGUCCGGACGACUUUGAGGUGGACGAGCUUGAAAGGAGAUCCAACGAGCUUCAGAGCUUCAUGAACGACAUUAUGAAAGAAGCUGGAGCCGGUGGAGCACCAUCAGCCUAA